AUGAGUGAACGUAGCUCGUCGUCUGCUUUGAGGUCGCCUUCACCUCGUUCACCAAGACGCGGAAGAUCCUAUUCACCACGUUCAACUAGAAGUUCAAGCUCUCGUUCCUAUUCCCGCUCACGCUCUCGCUCCAGAUCUUAUUCACGUCGUCGUAGGUCUCGUUCUCGUUCUCGCUCUCCAUACGGCAGGAGCACAAGCAGGAGUUACCACCAUUACUAUUCGAGAUCGCCACCACCGCAUCAUCACUCCCACCAUCAUAGACGCUCUCCACCACCGCCCCCCCGUGGCGGUAGAUACAGGUCAAGAUCUCCUCCACCUCCCCCUUUGAGACGCAGACCUGUCAACAAAGACUGCAGAGUGUAUGUCAGUAACUUGCCAUUCGAAGUGACCUGGCAUCAAUUGAAGGACUUUAUGAGAGAAGCGGGCCAAGUAGCGCAUGUUGAUGUUUUGAAAAUGGCAAAUGGCAGAUCGAAAGGCUGUGGCGUAGUGGAAUAUCGGUAUCCUGAAGAUGCAAAACGAGCAAUUCACACAAUGAACAAGGCAGAAUUUAUGGGCAGACCUGUGUUUGUGAGAGAGGAUCGUGAAUAUGAACAUUCAGGGCCACCUAAAGACCCCCGCGAAGCACCUGAUGAUUGUAGACUCCAUGUCAGCAAUUUGCCUUUAAACGCAAGCUGGCAGGAUAUGAAGGAUUUGUUUAGAAAGGCAGGCCGAGUGUUACAUACGGAUAUUCAUACGGAUCCAGGCUCUCGAAGACCCAAUGGUCAUGGCACCGUUAUUUUUGAUGAUGCAAGAUUUGCUCGUAUUGCAAUUGAAAUCUUGAAUGGAUACGAAUGGCAGGGUCACAGAUUGGAAGUGAGGGAAGGCAGAUAUGAAGAUAGACUUGCUUCCACGACAACAAGCAAUCCUAGACCUCUACCUCAAGCCAGUAGUAGUAGUAGUAGUAGUAGUAGUAGUAGACCACCACCUCCCAUUACACGACAAGUGAAUUUGGAACCAAUGAGUAGCAGAGAACCAUUAUACAGAGCACCACCACCACCACCACUGCCCAUGGUAGAUGGCGGUCUUCACUACAAUCAGGAUCCCUCCACGCCUUCCACUACAAUGACAUCUACUAUCUCACCACCACCACCACCUCCUCCUCCUAUAUCUGCCAUGUCACUACAACACCACCCACAAUUACCACCUCCACCGCAGCCCCUCGUAGACACAAUUCCACCACCAUACCAAAAUGCGUAUAGAUAUGGAGAUGCAGCAACAACUACAACUGCAGCAGUAAUAGCGCCACCACCACCUCCACCACCACCCAUGUAUUCUUCCAUGAGUCUAGUGGGCGGCCCUGCUGCUCAUUUACCAACGCAUGGCCAUAACCAAAUUUUCGUAAAUAACUUGCCGUUCUCCACCACCUGGCAGGAUUUGAUAGAUUUGUUUAGACAUGUAGGACCCGUGAUUCGAUCCGAAAUUGUGGCAGUAAACGGACAUCCCAAAGGGUCAGGUUUUGUUCGAUUUGACGAUGCGGUGACAUGCGAGAAAGCGAUAGAGAAAUUUCAUGGCUACAUGUACGGUGGACGUCAUUUGGAUAUUCGACUCGACAAAUACUCAACUACCAUCUAA